GAGGCGCGCGCAGCCCGGCAUGCUAAUGAGGCGGGGCGCGGCGGCGGGCUAGCAGAGCUGCUGGGCGGCGGCGGCGGCGGGCUCGGAGCUGCCCGGCGGGAGCGGCGUAGGCGCGGGUCACUGGCCAGCGCGAACCGGGACAUGGAGCCGCCCGGCGGGGCCCUGGGGCCCGGCCGCGGGAGCCGGGAUAAGAAGAAGGGCCGGAGCCCAGAUGAGCUGCCUGCGGCAGGCAGCGACGGCGGCAAAUCCAAGAAAUUUACUCUGAAGCGGCUCAUGGCAGAUGAGCUGGAGAGAUUCACCAGCAUGAGAAUUAAGAAGGAGAAGGAAAAGCCCAAUUCUGCUCAUAGAAAUUCUUCUGCAUCAUAUGGGGAUGAUCCCACAGCACAGUCAUUGCAAGAUGUUUCAGAUGAGCAAGUUCUAGUUCUCUUUGAACAGAUGCUGCUGGAUAUGAACCUGAAUGAGGAAAAACAGCAACCUUUGAGGGAAAAGGACAUCAUCAUCAAGAGGGAGAUGGUGUCCCAAUACUUGCACACCUCCAAGGCUGUGAGUCCGGGGGGCAUGAGCCAAAAGGAGAGCUCCAAGUCUGCCAUGGUGUACAUUCAGGAGCUGAGGUCAGGCUUGCGGGAUAUGCAUCUGCUCAGCUGCCUGGAGUCCCUUCGUGUGUCUCUCAACAACAACCCUGUCAGUUGGGUGCAAACAUUUGGUGCUGAAGGCCUGGCCUCCUUAUUGGACAUCCUUAAACGACUUCAUGAUGAGAAAGAGGAGAUUGCUGGAAGCUAUGAUAGCCGGAACAAGCAUGAGAUCAUUCGCUGCUUGAAAGCUUUUAUGAACAACAAGUUUGGAAUCAAGACCAUGUUGGAGACAGAAGAAGGAAUCCUACUGCUGGUCAGAGCCAUGGAUCCUGCUGUUCCCAGCAUGAUGAUUGAUGCAGCAAAGCUGCUGUCUGCUCUUUGUAUCCUACCACAGCCAGAGGACAUGAAUGAAAGGGUUUUGGAGGCGAUGACAGAAAGAGCUGAGAUGGAUGAGGUGGAACGUUUCCAGCCACUGCUGGAUGGAUUAAAAAGUGGGACUUCCAUUGCACUCAAGGUGGGAUGCCUACAGCUGAUCAAUGCUCUCAUCACUCCAGCUGAAGAACUUGACUUCCGUGUUCAUAUCCGAAGUGAACUGAUGCGCUUGGGGCUACAUCAGGUGUUGCAGGACCUUCGAGAGAUUGAAAAUGAAGAUAUGAGAGUGCAACUAGCUGUAUUUGAUGAACAAGGGGAAGAAGAUUCCUAUGACCUGAAGGGAAGGCUGGAUGACAUUCGCAUGGAAAUGGAUGACUUUAGUGAAGUCUUCCAGAUUCUCUUAAACACAGUGAAAGAUUCAAAGGCAGAGCCACACUUCCUGUCUAUCCUGCAGCACUUACUGUUGGUACGAAAUGACUACGAGGCCAGACCACAGUACUAUAAGUUGAUUGAAGAAUGUAUUUCUCAGAUAGUUUUGCACAAGAAUGGGGCUGACCCUGACUUCAAGUGCCGGCACCUUCAGAUUGAUAUUGAGGGAUUGAUUGAUCAAAUGAUUGAUAAAACAAAGGUGGAGAAAUCUGAAGCCAAAGCUACAGAGCUGGAAAAAAAGCUGGACUCAGAGUUAACAGCCCGACAUGAGCUACAGGUGGAAAUGAAAAAGAUGGAAAAUGACUUUGAGCAGAAGCUUCAGGAUAUUCAGGGAGAAAAAGAUGCAUUGGAUUCUGAAAAGCAACAAAUUGCCACAGAGAAACAGAACCUGGAAGCAGAGGUGUCCCAGCUCACAGGAGAGGUUGCCAAGCUGUCAAAGGAACUGGAAGAUGCCAAGAAAGAAGUGGCUUCUCUCUCCGCUGCAGUUGUUGCUGUAGCUCCUUCUGUUUCCAGUAGUGCUACUGUUCCCCCUGCCCCUCCUUUACCUGGUGACUCCAGCACUGUUAUUCCACCACCACCCCCUCCAUUACCAGGAGGGGUUAGCAUACCAUCCCAAUCUCCUCUUCCUGGGGCUACUUCCAUUCCUCCUCCACCACCUCCCCCUCCUUUACCUGGGGGUGUUGCCAUCCCUCCAGCCCCUCCUUUGCCUGGAAGUACUAUCAUCCCCCCACCCCCUCCUUUGCCUGGAAGUACUAUCAUCCCCCCACCCCCUCCUUUGCCUGGAAGUACUAUCAUCCCCCCACCCCCUCCUUUGCCUGGGAGUGUUGCCAUCCCUGUAGCCCCUCUGCCUGGAGGUCCUCCCAUCCCUCCACCCCCUCCUCCCUUGCCUGGAGGACCAGGAAUGCCACCUCCACCUCCCCCUCUUCCUGGUGGUACUGGAAUCCCUCCACCACCUCCAUUUCCUGGAGGUCCUGGCAUUCCUCCACCUCCACCUGGAAUGGGUAUACCUCCGCCUCCCCCCUUUGGAUUUGGAGUUCCCGCAGCCCCAGUUCUGCCAUUUGGAUUAACCCCCAAAAAGCUUUAUAAGCCAGAGGUGCAGCUCCGGAGGCCAAACUGGUCCAAGUUUGUGGCUGAGGACCUCUCCCAGGACUGCUUUUGGACAAAGGUGAAGGAGGACCGCUUUGAGAACAAUGAACUCUUCGCCAAACUUACCCAUACCUUCUCUGCCCAGACCAAGACUUCCAAAGCCAAGAAAGACCAGGAAGGUGGAGAAGAAAAGAAAUCUGUGCAAAAGAAGAAAGUAAAAGAGUUAAAAGUGUUGGAUUCAAAGACAGCUCAGAAUCUCUCAAUCUUUUUGGGUUCCUUCCGCAUGCCCUAUCAAGAGAUUAAGAAUGUCAUCCUGGAGGUGAAUGAGGCUGUCCUGACCGAGUCUAUGAUACAGAACCUCAUUAAGCAGAUGCCCGAGCCAGAGCAGUUAAAAAUGCUUUCUGAACUGAAGGACGAGUAUGAUGAUCUGGCUGAGUCAGAGCAAUUUGGCGUGGUGAUGGGAACUGUGCCCCGUCUGCGGCCCCGCCUCAAUGCCAUCCUCUUCAAGCUACAGUUCAGUGAGCAAGUGGAGAAUAUCAAGCCAGAGAUUGUGUCUGUCACUGCCGCAUGUGAGGAGCUGCGCAAGAGUGAGAACUUUGCCAGCCUCCUAGAGAUUACUUUGCUUGUAGGAAACUAUAUGAACGCUGGCUCCAGGAAUGCGGGUGCUUUUGGCUUCAAUAUCAGCUUCCUCUGCAAGCUUCGAGACACUAAGUCCACAGAUCAGAAGAUGACGUUGUUGCACUUCUUGGCUGAGUUGUGUGAGAACAACUAUCCUGAUGUCCUCAAGUUUCCAGAUGAGCUUACUCAUGUGGAGAAAGCCAGCCGAGUUUCUGCUGAAAACUUGCAAAAGAACCUAGAUCAGAUGAAGAAACAAAUUUCUGAUGUGGAACGUGAUGUUCAGAAUUUCCCAGCUGCCACAGAUGAAAAAGACAAAUUUGUUGAAAAAAUGACUAGCUUUGUGAAGGACGCACAGGAGCAGUAUAACAAGCUGCGCAUGAUGCAUUCUAACAUGGAGACCCUCUAUAAGGAUCUGGGUGACUACUUCCUCUUUGACCCCAAGAAGUUGUCUGUUGAAGAAUUCUUCAUGGAUCUGCACAACUUUAGGAAUAUGUUUUUGCAAGCAGUCAAGGAGAACCAGAAGCGGCGGGAGACAGAAGAAAAGAUGCGUCGAGCAAAACUAGCCAAGGAGAAGGCCGAGAAGGAACGGCUAGAGAAACAGCAGAAGAGAGAGCAACUCAUAGACAUGAAUGCAGAGGGCGAUGAGACAGGUGUGAUGGACAGUCUACUGGAAGCCCUGCAGUCGGGGGCGGCGUUCCGGCGGAAGAGAGGGCCCCGGCAGGCCAACAGGAAGGCCGGGUGUGCAGUCACACAUCUGCUAGCUUCGGAGCUGACCAAGGCCGAUGCCAUGACUGCUGUUCCUGCCAAGGUGGCCAGGAGCAGUGAGGAAGCCCCCACGAUCCUUGAGGAAGCCAAGGAGUUAGUUGGCUGUGCAAGCUAAGCUGGGUCCUGUGGCCGUGGCAGCUCCUGAAUGGAGCCCCAGACUGUCCUGCCCUACAGCAUGUGCCUAAAGGCUCGAGGGGAUAUUCCUCUGGGGUGGCCACUCCCACCACCCUGACCCUGUCUCUCCCUCUGGCCUGCUGCUCUCCGAACAUCACAUACAGCUUCAGCUGCCUGGAGGCCACAAGGAAAGGGCAGUGUGGGGGAGGCCUGAGCCCAACCCAGCCAGCCCUGGCUGUUGUAUUACCAAAGCAGGGUCCGUGUUGCUGCCUUAACCCUGUCUCCUGUUACUCAGAGGGCCUAAUCUCAGAUAAGGCCCAGCCUGCUUCCUCAGCCCCUGACUUUCUAGUGGGCCGUGGGCUUUCCCUUAGGUCAAUCUUGCUGGAUUUGUGCUUUUCUUUUGUGGUUUCUCUGGCCCUGAGAACAGCAUGGGGCUUAUGAACCUUUGGGCUAGAUUCCUCCUUUCAUUGCUUAUCACCUCUGCUCUUCCCUUCCCUCUCCUGGCUAUUGUUAUUUAUUACUAGUGGUUGUGGCAUUGGGAGCUGCUCCUAGGGACGUGGGGAGCAAAUCCCACCCUUACUCCACCUUCCUGGGAAAGGCCUCCCAAUACAAAAAGGAUCUGGACCACUUAGCUGUUCUGCCAUGGCCCAGGCCAGAGCCUGUGGCAGGCAGCCGGGGGCAUAGUGACAGUGUGGGACCUGCCCCUAGCCUGCUACCACGCUUUGUGCCCUCUGGACCCUUUGUCCUAGCCCCCAGGCUACCAAUCCAAGGUCCCUCAUGCCUUCCCCAGAGCUUUGGUGCCUCUCACCUGGACUAUGGGCUGUAUUGUGACCAUCUCAACACCUCACCCUCUGUCUCCACGGAAAUGGGAGGUGGAGCCUCCUGGCUGAGAAAUUGUUUUGCAAAUGGAUCUAUUUUUGUAUGAAAAAAAAAUCUUUUUUAAAGAAAACUUUUCCUUCCCCUUUUCCCCUCCAUAAUGUAAGAGGUUCCAGAGUUCCUGGGGUUUCAAUCCCAAAGCCCCUGGACCUUCACGUCGGCCCUCGAGCCUUCCGGACCCUUGAGGCCAAGGCGCAGAUUCUCUCUCCCAGCAUCGUUUCUGGGGCAGGAGGAACCUCUUCUUUGGUUGAGCUGGGCCAGGCCUAAGAGUAGCGGGAGGUCUAAGACCACAAGAGUUUUUAUAAAAUCAGUAAAUGUAUCAAGCCAAAUGUGCAAAUGCUAACUGGCCACUCUGGGGAAGUGGGCGCAGGAAGUGCCCCUGCACACUGUACCCCCGCUCUCUUCUCAACAGCGGGCAAACUGAACUGUUCGGUGGGCCUAGCCAGAGGAAGCUCAGAUUCUCUGGCUUAGGGUGAUAUUUUUGCCCUCCCUGUGGCCCUUUCAGCUUUCCAUGCCCAGCCAGGGAGAAAGAAUGGCACUGUUAGGGUUGGGCCCGGAAUUAUAGUUGUUAGAGUGAGGGGAGCUUAGGAGACUUGAGGGCAACUACAAGGAGGCCUUGGCGGCCAGGAAGGAGUGUUGGCUGCUGAGCCAGUGUAUGAAAGGGCAAGGGCAGCUCCUCUGAGCUGUUCCUGGGACGACUCUGGUGCCAGGGGGUCAGUUGCUCCCCUGGGUCACCUCCUUCUCCCUGCUGGUGGACAUCUGGGACUUUGACCCUUUCUUUUUUAAUCUACUUUUGCUAAGAUACAUUUAAUAAAAAGGGGGGAUACAAAAUGCAAAUCUGUUUCCCUCACCUCUUGGACUUCUGGGAUGUCAUCACCUCCAGUUGUUGGGUUUGUUUCCAACUGUUAAUAAAGCAUUGAAACAGUA